AACUAUAACAAAUAUGUCCAGCAAGUCAAUUGAAAACGGUGUUCCUACUGAGGACGAAAAGAAGGUGAUAAAGUCGUUGGAAGAGGAUGAUGACGAGUUUGAAGAUUUUCCAGCUGAUACCAAGUGGACUGUUAAACAGGAUCCUCAGAUCAACCCAGACAGUUUGUGGGAAGAAGACUGGGAAGAUGACGAUAACGAGGACGACUUUUCGGCGCAGUUGAAGACGGAGUUGGAGAAGCACAGGAGUUGAAGAGAAUCUAUGGGGAGCUGGUGCUAGAGCCAGGGAUGUCUGUGUAUAUUAGAAUAAACAUGUUACU